AUUGUUGCCUCUUGGGACUAUUCUAAGAUUUUCUGGUGAAAGAUCUUUAAUGAGAAGAAAUCAGCCAAAAAAGGAAGAAUUAAAGUUACUUUUGAAAAGACUGCUAAUGAGGCUUGUGAUGUGUAUUUGAUUUUCAUCAAGGUUCAGUACUACUAUUUAUGAUGAACAGGAAGAAAGGAGACAAGGGGUUUGAGAGCCCAAGACCUUAUAAAUUAACCCACCAGGUGGUCUGUAUCAACAACAUAAAUUUCCAGAGAAAAUCUGUUGUUGGUUACGUGGAGCUGACGAUAUUUCCCACCGUUGCAAAUCUGAAUAGAAUCAAGCUGAACAGUAAACAAUGUAGGAUAUACAGAGUGAGAGUCAACGAUCUGGAAGCAGCUUUUAUUUAUAACGACCCCACACUGGAAGUAUGUCACCAUGAGUCAAAACAGAGAAAUCUCAACUACUUUUCCAAUGCGUAUGCUGCUGCAGUCAGUGCUGUGGACCCGGAUGCUGGAAAUGGAGAGCUGUGUAUCAAGGUGCCGUCAGAGCUUUGGAAGCACGUCGAUGAAUUAAAAGUCUUGAAGGUACAUAUCAACUUUUCUCUGGACCAGCCAAAAGGAGGCCUUCAUUUUGUGGUACCCAACGUAGAAGGAAGCUUAGCAGAGAGAGGGGCCCAUGUCUUCUCUUGCGGGUAUCAAAAUUCUACAAGGUUUUGGUUUCCUUGUGUUGAUUCAUACUCCGAACUAUGCACAUGGAAACUGGAAUUUACCGUGGAUGCCACAAUGGUGGCGGUCUCAAAUGGUGACCUGGUGGAAACGGUGUAUACUCAUGAUAUGAGAAAAAAGACCUUCCAUUAUAUGCUGACAAUUCCAACUGCAGCAUCUAACAUCUCUUUGGCCAUCGGACCAUUUGAAAUCCUUGUUGAUCCAUACAUGCAUGAGGUGACUCAUUUCUGCUUACCCCAGCUUCUCCCGCUGCUCAAACACACCACAUCUUAUCUCCAUGAAGUAUUUGAAUUCUAUGAAGAGAUACUUACAUGCCGCUAUCCUUACUCCUGUUUCAAGACGGUUUUUGUAGACGAGGCCUAUGUUGAAGUAGCUGCUUACGCUUCCAUGAGCAUUUUUAGCACAAACCUUUUGCACAGUGCAAUGAUAAUAGAUGAGACCCCGCUGACCAGGAGAUGUUUGGCUCAGGCUCUGGCCCAGCAGUUUUUUGGCUGUUUCAUAUCGAGAAUGUCUUGGUCAGAUGAGUGGGUGUUGAAGGGAAUCUCUGGCUAUAUUUAUGGCCUCUGGAUGAAGAAAACCUUUGGUGUAAAUGAGUAUCGGCACUGGAUCAAGGAGGAACUGGACAAAAUAGUUGUGUAUGAACUGAAGACCGGUGGAGUCUUACUUCAUCCAAUCUUUGGUGGAGGAAAAGAAAAAGACAACCCUGCAUCACACCUGCAUUUUUCUAUAAAGCAUCCUCACACAUUGUCAUGGGAAUACUACACUAUGUUCCAAUGCAAAGCCCACCUAGUCAUGAGACUCAUAGAAAACAGAAUAAGCAUGGAGUUCAUGUUACAGGUUUUCAACAAGCUCUUGAGCCUGGCCAGCACUGCCUCAUCUCAGAAGUUCCAGUCUCAUAUGUGGAGUCAGAUGCUGGUUUCCACAUCUGGAUUUUUGAAAUCCAUCUCCAAUGUCUCUGGCAAAGACAUUCAACCGUUAAUAAAGCAAUGGGUAGAUCAGAGUGGUGUGGUAAAGUUUUAUGGCAGCUUUGCAUUUAAUAGAAAACGAAAUGUGCUAGAGUUAGAAAUAAAGCAAGACUAUACAUCUCCUGGGACACAGAAAUAUGUGGGCCCUUUGAAAGUGACGGUGCAAGAGCUUGAUGGAUCUUUCAACCACACGCUUCAGAUAGAAGAAAACAGCCUUAAACACGACAUACCCUGCCACUCGAAAAGCAGACGAAACAAGAAGAAAAAGAUUCCUCUGAUGAAUGGGGAGGAAGUUGACAUGGAUCUUUCUGCCAUGGAUGCCGAUUCUCCCUUACUCUGGAUCAGAAUAGACCCGGAUAUGUCUGUACUGAGGAAGGUAGAAUUCGAACAGGCUGACUUCAUGUGGCAGUACCAGCUCCGAUACGAGAGAGAUGUGGUUGCACAGGAAGAAUCCAUUUUGGCCCUCCAGAAGUUCCCUACUCCAGCUUCACGACUUGCGCUGACUGAUAUACUUGAGCAAGAACAGUGCUUCUACCGAGUGAGGAUAAUGGCAUGCUUCUGUCUUGCAAAGAUUGCAAAUUUCAUGGUGAGCACGUGGACAGGACCACCAGCCAUGAAAUCGCUCUUCACCCGGAUGUUCUGUUGUAAAAGUUGCCCAAACAUUGUGAAAACCAAUAACUUCAUGAACUACCAGAGCUACUUUCUGCAGAAGACGAUGCCUGUCGCUAUGGCCUUGCUGAGAGAUGUCCAUAAUCUAUGUCCUAAAGAGGUUUUGACGUUCAUUUUAGAUCUCAUCAAGUACAACGACAAUAGAAAAAACAAGUUUUCAGACAACUAUUACCGUGCAGAGCUGAUAGAUGCGCUAGCAAACUCUGUAACUCCUGCCGUCAGUGUGAACAAUGAAGCCCGGACACUCGAUAACUUAAAUCCUGAUGUUCGCCUCAUUCUUGAGGAAAUUACCAGGUUCUUAAACAUGGAAAAGCUACUGCCCAGCUAUAGGCACACCAUUGCGGUCAGUUGCUUGAAUGCCAUUCGCAUACUACAGAAGAACGGGCAUGUCCCAAGUGAUCCUGCUGUCUUUAAGUCCUAUGCGGAAUAUGGGCACUUUGUGGAUAUCCGAAUAGCAGCUCUGGAGGCAGUUGUUGAUUACACAAAAGUUGACAGAAGUUACGAGGAACUACAGUGGCUGCUCAAUAUGGUCCAGAACGACCCUGUGCCUUAUGUCAGACAUAAGAUAUUGAACAUGUUGACAAAGAACCCUCCAUUUACCAAGAACAUGGAAUCUCCUUUGUGCAAUGAAGCGCUGGUGGAUCAGCUCUGGAAACUAAUGAAUUCAGGUACAUCCCACGACUGGAGGCUGCGCUGUGGGGCUGUCGACCUGUACUUCACGCUGUUUGGCCUCAGCAGGCCUUCCUGCUUGCCGCUGCCAGAACUUGGGCUGGUCCUUAACCUAAAAGAAAAGAAAGCUGUGCUGAAUCCUACCAUCAUUCCUGAGGCGGGGGCAAGUGGUCCGGAACCGCCUAACAAUCCAAACAAUCUGGGUCAAAUAGUUGGCUUCCAAAGCACUGACGAUGACCACCUUGCUAAGGAAGCAGCAGUUAUCCCCCUACCUCAUCAGCAGGGGUUGAAGAGGAAGGCCGACACGCCUCUUGGGUCCCCGCUAGAACCAGGCCAGAUACUCGAGAAGAAUGAAGACAGUAAAGUCAAACUCAAAAUAAGAUUCUCAAACUCUCAGGAGGAAGAAGAGAUUGAUAUGGACACGGUUCAUGACAGCCAAGCGUUCAUCUACCAUCAUUUGAAUAUGCUGGAAAGACCAUCAACGCCAGGCAAAGAACAGUCAUCGCAAGAGCUAAGCAUGUUGCCGAUUCCUGUGCCUACACUGCCCGGUUUUACAAAAGAGUCCAGCUCUUCCAAGCACAGCGAGCACCACCACCACCACAAGAAGAAGAAGAAGAAACACAAGCACAAACACAAGCACAAGCACAAGCACGACACCAAAGAGAAAGAGAAAGAGCCUUUCACCUUCUCCAACAGCCCUGCCAGCGGGCGUUCCAUUCGCUCGCCAUCCCUGUCAGACUGAAGCAAGCUACUCCAGAGUUGGCAGAGCACAUGGAAGCAGUGUGCAUGCUACCGUUGCUUUAUGAUUAAGCGCAUGUCACUGCGGUGGCUCAGAAGGCAUGUUCAGAUUGAAAUCCCUUGGUAUCUGUUGUCCAGCCGCAACCAUGCAUGAACCCCGUGAUCGUUCACCGUGCAACCAACCUUACAUUUGCAAAAAGAGAAGCAACUCAUUUCAGAUGCAAAUGUUGCCUGUCCACAGCCCGGGAGUGGCUAUCCGUGUAUCUUGCCAGAACGAACUAUAUUUUAAACGUUUUGAUAGCUGUCGUGAAGUGAAGUGUGUGUUAAACAUAAGCUGAAUGCCAAACUUGGAAAAGCUGGGGUUCACUGUACAGUGUUCUAUAACAUAAUGUAAGACUUCCUGAGGCUUUUGUACAAUCUCUUUUCCACAUAUUUAACCAUCGCUCUGUGUGUUGUUGUUUUUUAAAGCCUAGAAUGUUGCAUACUCCGUUAAAAGCUUCAUUUUUUUAAAAAAGAUGUCUGGCAUUUUUGAAACACGUUUGAGCAGAGCAUUCAGCAAUCCUUUUCCUUAACUGUUCAUCGCAAGGGGGAAAUGCUACUGUGUACACAUGUCACUGUGCCCUCUAAUCAGAAUUGUGUAUAAUGAAGUUCAUGCAAAAGCAAAUCCUUAAAAAGUGGGAAAGGAUACUUUCCCCCCAUAGAAUCUCAAUUAGAAACACUCCUCGGGGUGAAAUAGUUGCUACAAAACUUCUUGAACUCUUCUGAUUUCUAGUAAACUUGUUUAGAAACUCAGUUUUUUUUUAAAAAAAGAAGAAGUAUUUUUAAAUGUACAGUGAGUGAACUCAAACAUGAAACUGUGACAGGCUGCUUUAUUACAUAAAACAAUAAUAUCCAAGUAUUUCAUUGCUGAGCUUAAUUAUGUGAAAUGGGACUGCUUUUUAAAAACAUUUUUAUUUAAUUUCUAUGUUUUGUUGGUGCUUCCCUUCUUCCCCCAGUUUCCUAUAAUAUUUUGAGUUGUUUCCCCUACCAGUCUUUAGGUUAAGAUUCCUUUAAAAAGACAACAACAAAUUGUGUGCACAGAUACUUUUAGUUACUUAGCUUAUUGAUAGUGGAAAGAGACAAUUCUGAUCCGUGAGAAGAUACUUAAUGAGAGGGACCCAAUAAGGAUUUUUUAAA